AAGAAUGAUGCAAAUGUAGCAGCAAAGUGGGGUGUUUUAGGGUGGCUAACACAUGGUGGUUCGACUCCAUUAGUCGAUGUAUUCACUCAAUCAAGUAGUGACAUGGUGGAUCUUCUCAUUUCCACAGUUUUUCAAUCCCUUCAAUCCGAACAUAACUAUAUCCGAAUUCGGGAUGACACAUUAAGUGGGGAAGUUUUAUCGGUUGAUGUUGCAACUGCAACCACAAAAAAAUUGGAAAAUUUAGUAAAAAUUGGUGAGGGUCUAUUGAAAAAACCAGUUUCAAAGGUAAAUUUGGAUACAGGCGUGUAUGAGGCCUCGGAUCAAAUUACCAUUACCAAUUAG